GAUAAGCAUGGCAAACAAAGGACCCGCCUAUGGCUUCAGCCGUGAGGUACAGAGUAAGAUUGAUAAAAAAUACGACCCGGAACUGGAGGAAAGGUUGGUGGAGUGGAUCGUCAUGCAGUGCGGAUCAGGAGUUGGCAGGCCUGAGGCAGGGAAGACCGGCUUCCAAAACUGGCUCAAGGAUGGAUGUGUGCUGUGUGAGCUCAUCAACAGCCUGUAUGGAGCCAACAAGGCCAUCAAGACCAUCAAGAGCUCCGGCAUGGCAUUCAAGCAGAUGGAGCAAAUCUCCAUGUUUCUUAAAGCUGCAGAAAACUACGGAGUCACCAAAACCGACAUGUUCCAGACUGUAGACCUUUUUGAAGGCAAGGACCUGGCUGCAGUCCAGAGGACCCUGAUGGCUCUGGGUAGUUUGGCCGUCACGAAGAGUGAUGGGAAUUACAAAGGAGAUCCCAGCUGGUUCUUUAAGAAGUCCCAAGAGAACAGGAGAGAUUUCUCAGAUGAGCAGCUGAGUGGGGGCAAAAAUGUCAUUGGCCUGCAAAUGGGCACGAACAAAGGAGCGUCUCAAGCUGGCAUGACAGGAUAUGGACGACCCAGACAGAUCAUCAAUGAGAACCCAUGAGACUCUCCUCCUUCUGCCCUCUGAAAGGCCAGUCUGCGAGGAUGAAGAAACUCUGACUCUUACCUUUGGCCAUGAGGAAAAAAGGGGCCAGACUAUUUUCAAGGCUAAACUGGACCAAAACAGGGACCAACGAGAUCAUGUGCACAUAUGAAAACUACAACACACACGUCAUGUUGAACACACUUUUGUUAAUAGAGAGAACAAGUAAAACAAUUAGACAGUGCAUUUUACACAGCAUUCCAGUGGUUUUUGCAUGUUUCCAUCUUAUAAUCAAAUGUGCUUUAUGUUACUGUUAACUAUUUUCCAAAGGAUUGGAUUGAUUUACAGCUCUCUGCAUAUCCAGUAGUUUCACUUCAGUUGGUGACUUGAUUGAGAGAGGUAAUCCAUCACGUUCAACCUUUAGCUUUCAUUUUAAUGGUUACGUUGCUGCCGCAUGGUAAUGCUUCUCAAGGCUCUACCUACUGGUGCAUUCAAGGACCUGAAAUUUGAGAGUUUUUAAUAGAUGACUUGCCUCUCUCUUUCUCUCUUCUCACAAUGUAGCUAUCAAUUAUUGGAUGGCAGGGUGUCCUCGAAUGUGCCACUGAGAAAAGUUUUGAUAAUGCUCCCUGCUUACGCUAAAUGUAUGGUAAUGAUUGAACUAACUGCUCUGUCAGACAGAUUACCCAUUUCAAGGAUGUGUUUUUGUUGAAGUGCCUGAUUUCUAAAAAAAGGGUUAAGAAAAACAAACAGUCAUGUGUGUUGUACCUGCUUCAUAACAAAAGCUGCAGUUAGAUGCUCUGUUUACUCUUCCUAAUCCAAAUGUUGGACUUCCUUUUUGAGUUUGAUACAUAUAACGACAAUGAUUUUGAAAUAAAGUUCAAUUUAACUGUAAA